AUGCCUCGGGGUGCACGCUUCAGCUUCACCUACAACAGCAUAGUCCUGGACUACAAAGCCAUCCAGACACGCAAGGCAAUGAGCCGAGUCAAAACCAACUACCACCUCUUCCUUAAGAACCAGCCACCCGCGCCACAGUUCAAGACACAGGACCUUGGUCCAUCAAGAAAGUGGGAGGUGCCUAGGAUGAGGAACCUUGAAGAGUGA